UUCUCCUUUUCCCUCCUCUCCCUCCUCUCCCUCCCCUCCACCCUCGCUACCCCCGUUCAACCCCCCAUAACCAACACCACCACCCUCCCCCUCAACUACGCCAUCCUGGUUUUCCCAACCUUCCAGUCCCUCGACGUCUUUGGCCCGUUAGACGUCCUAAACACCCUCUCCAUGCUCUACAACACGACCAUGCAUCUCUCCAUCAUCAGCUCCACUCUUGACGCCGUGCCAACAGCCCCACAGCGCACAGCGCGCAUGAACAUGACACACGGGGAUUUCGGAGAAUCAAUUGUACCGACGACGACGUUCAAGGAAGUGUUAGCGGCGAAUGGCAUGAUGAAGAGUGCGCACCCUGGGGAGAUUGAUGUGUUGAUUGUGCCUGGGGGAGGGGGAACGAGGGAGCCGAGAGAGGAAGAAAUUGAGUUUGUAAGAGUUAUGUAUCCGAAGGUUAAACAUAUCCUCUCCGUCUGCACGGGCUCCACCAUCCUCGCGCGCGCAGGCAUCCUCAACAACCGUCGUGCCACCACAAACAAGCGAUCCUGGACGUGGGCAACGUCCACCGGGCCCAACGUCAGCUGGGUUCCGACAGCGCGUUGGGUCGAGGAUGGAAACAUCUGGUCCUCGUCUGGGAUUUCGGCUGGCAUUGAUCUCACAUAUGCGUGGGUGGGACAUGUAUAUGGGGAGAAGGUGGCGGAUUUUGUGGCUAUGAGUAGUGAGUAUAAGAGGUGGAGGAAUUCGACGGAGGAUCCGUUUGCGCAGAUUUGGAGUGUCCCGGGGUCGUAG